ACCAAAUUCACAAACCCAACUUUUCUUUGCUCUCUUAAAACCUUUAAUCCCUUCCAUUUCUCAAACUCCUAUACUCAACAUCAAGUAACAUAUUUCACAAUGGCUUUCCCUAGUUUUGUUCCAAUGUUGGCACUGAUUGUGGUCUUGAUUAUUCCAGUUUAUGGGCAAAUCAAUAGCCCAUGCAGUGCUUCAAUGAUUUCUAGCUUCAGUCCUUGCAUGGGUUUUGUAACAAAUAGCAGUGCCAAUGGUACCUCACCAACUGCUGACUGUUGCAACUCUCUUAAGUCCCUCACAAGUGGUGGCAUGGGUUGUUUGUGCCUCAUUCUAACUGGAAAUGUUCCCUUCCAAAUACCCAUUAACAGGACCAUGGCCAUUUCUCUUCCUAGUGCUUGUAACAUGGCUGGUGUCCCUGUCCAAUGCAAAGCCUCUGCUUCACCACUUCCUGCUCCAGGUCCUAUCUCACUUGCGCCAACACCUCUUCCUGAAGCCUCUUCUCCUAGUCCUAAAGCUUCUUCUGUCACAGAACCACCCACAUCGCCUGCUCUGGCACCGGAAGCUGACACAACACCACUUUUAACACCUCCAUCUACAACAAGUUCUGAAGCUCCAACUGCUACUACUGGGAGCCGUCCGGUUCUGACCCCAUCUUCUGCCAUGCCCUCUCACAGUCUCUCAUCAUCUCUUCUGCUAUUUGCAUUAGGACUGUUUGUUAUGAGCUACUGCUAGGUCCCUGGCAUACACUUUAUAUCGUUUGAUAAGUAUUAAUUUUGAGUGUGGUACUAUUGUUUUGGGCUUGUUUAGAUUAUUGACAGCCCUAUUGGAUAUUUAUUUAAUUAUACGAGAUUGCAUUCUUUGUAAUAUACAUGUAUUGGUGGAAAUAAAGGUUUGGUUAUGCUUUA